AUGGAAGUCUUCAACAAAACAGAAAGAUUUAACGAAGAUUCCUUCAAAGAGCUUCUCUACCUCUACAACGUUUGGUUCGUGGUCGUCAUAACCUCUUCCCUAGCCUCGUUCGGGAUCCUCAACAACGUCAUCAACAUGGCGGUCUUCUUCCGGCAGGGUCUCACCGAGCGCGUCAACUUCACGCUGUUCUGUUUGGCGCUGAGCGACCUGCUGACGUCCCUGUGUGCGCUGGGCUACACCACCAGCUACAUCGAGAAGCUCUGGCCCCGGGAUGAUCGCCUAGAAGACAACACCCUCAUCGUAAUCUUCUCCUGGGUCCGGUGCUUUUUCGCCGAUACAUCGUCCACCUUGACGUUGUUUAUUUCGAUAGAGCGCUGUCUUUGCGUGACGCUUCCAUUCACGUUCAGCACGAGUUUUGACAGUAAAAAAACCAAACUGGUGGUGUUCUUCAUCGCGUGUUUCAUGACCGUGAACUACGUCCCGUUUUUAGGGACGAUGAAACUCGAGUACGAGCUUCUCCCCGAGACGAACAGGACCGAACUUACUUUUAUAAUAACGGAUCUCUUUCUCUUCAUGUGUGUCUACAACAACUUCGUGUUUGGCCUCUCCCUGGCUAUCAUAUGCCAGGUUGUCAUUUUCGUCUGCGCCGUGUUGAUGUACUACGGUCUCCGGAAAUCGUCAAAAUUCCGGGAAAGCGUGAAAGACGUCAAGAGCGACAAAAAAGGCAACGGACUUUCAAACAAAGAAAAACGUAUCGUCAAGAUGGUCAUGAUGCUGGCCUGCCUGUACCUGCCGACAGGACUUCCGCAGGUUGGGUACGUCCUGGCCAGUACGUUUGUGCCCGAGGUCCUGAGUGACGUAGAGAAGGGCACGUUUUUCAUCUCCACCAGCGCCAUCUUGUUCCUGGUGACAGCCAACGGUUCCCUGACUUUUUUCAUCUACUACAACUUCAAUUCCAGCUUCCGUGCGACCUUCCUCAGGGGCUUCACCAGGCAGUCUUUGUUAGGUGUGGACAAAAAGUAA